UCAUGAGCAGCUUCAUGUACACAAAACUAUGUAAAUAUGGCGUCCAUUCCAUAACGAAAUGGAUUCAAAAGAACCCAUUCUUUAAAGCAGACCUGUGCUUCAUACCAAUAAAUUGGGACAAUAAUCACUGGAGUCUUGGGGUAGUGGACUUUACUUCAUGUACCAUAUUUCUUUAUGACCCUAUGGCUAUGGCAAUGUUAAGAGAAGAGAGAAGCUUCCACAAAAAAAUUAGAUUACUGAUAGCACACCUUCAGGCAAUAUGCCCAGAAAUGAGUCCACCAGAUGUUAAAUAUUUUGAUAACUCCACAAAAUUUGAACCCAGACAACUUGAUGGAAGUUCAUGUGGGGUUUUUGUAUGCAUGGUAGCUGAUUAUAUGGUCAAUGGUUUGGAUGUGAACUUUACACAGGAAGACAUACCAUGUUUAAGAAAAUACAUGGCUGUUCGCCUAGCAAAUCCUGAAAAAAACGUCCAAAUACCAAUAAGGAAACAAACUGAACAUUGCAAUGAGGAUGACCAUGCCACAUACACACUUAAAGCAAAGGUUAGAAAUAUUCUGUCUCUAUCAGAUGAUGGCUUAGAGUCUGUCUUUAAAGAAGUAUUAAAGGAAGGUGAUAAAGGAUUCUUAACAAUUAGCUUGGUUUGUAAGCGAUUUAGACAGAUAGUGGGAAGAGACUCUUUUAGACGCACCACUCACUUCGCCUGGUUAAACAGUGUGUGGGAAUGGAAUUCAUCAUCAAAAGAAUUCAAAGAGGAGAAUUACAAAAUGUAUGAAAUAAAAACUUGUUUUCAAUGUGGCAUGUCAUUUAAAGAAAUGUAUGGCUUUAUUGGAAAUGGUAAAUUUGGCGAGUUCAGAAAAUUUUACUCAACUCUUGAAUAUCCAGGAUUCUGCAGUAAAGAGUGCAUUAAAGAAAGCUAAUUAAUAAAGUUGGAAGUAAUUACAUCAGGACUAUAUAUGGCAUAAACCUUUAAGAAAACAUCAUGUUUCAUAAUAUCUGUUGAACAUAAUACCAGGCUGAUAUUUUCACAGAUAGCUGCCACUGUUAAGCCGGUUUUCCACUAGCAAUAUUUUUGCGAAGCGACUUUAUUCCUUUGUAUUUGAGCAAUUUGUUCCAGAUGGUUGCAGUUAAGAGCUCUGGAACAAAUGUAAAAUGUCGAUUCGCACGAAUAAUAUCGCUAGUGGAAAACCGGCUUUAGACACCCUUGAUGGUCAUUGUGUACAUAAUAUACUGACAACUCCACAAAUUUAUCAGAAUCUUCUUUCACCUAUGUCCUUAUGAAACAUUUCAAUUGGACUUUGCUAAAGCCCAAGGGAAAUUUUCAUUGUCUUUGAAAAUAUCAACUUAAAAUUUGUUUGUAAAUAUAUGCUAGUAUUUAGUUGAACAUUGUUGUCCAUUUAUAAUAUUCACAUCUAUAUAAAUCACAUGUAAAAUAUUCACAAUUAUAUAGUUUUAAUAUAUAUUUUUUACUUACA